AUGGCUGCGCCUGAGGCGUCGUUGAGGAAGCGGAAAACCGGGGACGCCGACCCCGCGCCUGGGCCGCCGCCCGCUGCGGGCCGCGAUUCCGCGGACAGCCCGGCCCGCCUCCGCUCGGGCACCUUCUGGCUGACCAGGAUCGUGCUCCUGAAGGCCCUGGCUUUCGUUUACUGCGUGGCCUUCUGGGUGGCUUUCCGGCAGAACAAGCAACUGAUUGGCGACCGGGGCCUGCUGCCCUGCAAAGCGUACCUGGCCAGAGUCCAGCGCCACUUCCAGGGCAGGCGCGGCUGGGAGGCCCUGAGCUCUGCUCCGACCGUCCUCUGGCUGCUGGACUGGUCAAACAUGAACUUCAACCUGGACCUCCUGGCACUGCUGGGGCUGGGCAUCUCCUCGUUCGUCCUGAUAACCGGCUGCGCCAACAUGGUCCUCAUGGCCGCUCUCUGGGUGCUCUACCUGUCCCUGGUCAACGUGGGGCAGGUCUGGUAUUCUUUUGGAUGGGAGUCCCAGCUCCUGGAAACAGGGUUCCUGGGGGUGUUCCUGUGCCCGCUGUGGACCCUGGCGCGACUGCCCAGGCACAGCCCCACGUCCCGGGUCGUCCUGUGGGGCUUCCGCUGGCUGGUGUUCAGGAUCAUGCUCGGCGCGGUUCACUCAGAAAGCAGCACCCGUGGUUUUGUGGCCGGCGUGUCUCGGGAGCCUGUUCUGGGGGAGCCCCACGGCCGCCAGGGCCGUGUGGACGCUGGCACCAGCGGGAGGCUCGUGCAGCUGCUGUGCGUGGUCGUCUGUGGGGAAGCCCCCGUGGCCGUGCUCUCGGGGCCACAGCUUCAGACGGAGGGCAGGCAGCGAGGGGCCAGGCCUGGGGUGCGGGGAGCAGAGGUCAGUGAAGGGCGCAGGCGUGGCCCCCUCCAGAUGCUGCUGGAACUGGGCAGG